AUGGCUUCCAUUCUACGUUCCAGAGCCGGCGUCAGGGCUGCUGUCCAGGCCAGAUGCUUUAGCUCGACCCCGAGGCAUGCCGCUGCCUCUGCUUUCUUCACCAACGAGCCGGCUGGUCCGACUGUAAAGACUGCCAUCCCGGGACCAAAGAGCAAGGAGGCCAUCUCCCAGCUUGACCGCGUCUUCGAUACUAGGAGCUUGAAUAUGCUGGUUGACUACCAAAAGUCCACCGGAAACUACAUUGCAGACUUGGAUGGAAACGUCUUGCUUGAUGUGUUUGCCCAGAUUGCUUCUAUCCCAGUGGGAUAUAACAACCCCGCAUUGCUUGCUGCCACCAAGACUACCGAUAUGGCCAGUGCCCUCAUCAAUCGCCCAGCACUCGGCAACUUCCCCUCUCACAACUGGGCAAGCAUCCUCGAGUCCGGUCUCUUGCGAGUUGCCCCAAAGGGCCUUGACCAGGUGUUUACCUCUACUACCGGCUCUGAUGCCAAUGAGACUGCCUACAAGGCGGCUUUCAUGUACUAUGCUCAACGUCAGCGUGGUGGUCCUGAUGUAGAGUUUUCCUCCGAGGACAUCUCUUCCACUAUGGUAAACCAAGCUCCUGGCUCCCCCAACUACUCCAUCAUGUCAUUCACUUCCGCGUUCCACGGCCGCCUCUUCGGCUCUCUUUCCACCACCCGCAGCAAGGCCAUCCACAAGCUUGAUAUCCCGGCCUUUGACUGGCCCCGUGCUCCUUUCCCUCAACUCAAGUACCCACUCGAUCAAUUCGCUGCUGAGAAUGCCGCAGAGGAGAAACGCUGCCUUGAGGAAGUUGAGAGGCUGAUCAAGGAGUUCCACAACCCUGUCACUGCUGUUGUUGUUGAACCAGUCCAGUCUGAGGGUGGAGACAACCACGCCUCCGCAGCCUUCUUCCAGGGUCUCCGUGAAAUCACCAAGCGCAACAACGUCCUCUUGAUUGUCGACGAAGUUCAGACCGGUGUCGGUGCAACUGGUAAAUUCUGGGCUCACGAGCACUGGAACCUAUCCACUCCACCAGACAUUGUCACCUUCUCCAAAAAGGCACAGGCCGCCGGUUACUAUUUCGGCAACCCAGCUCUGAGACCUAACAAGCCAUACAGACAGUUCAAUACAUGGAUGGGUGACCCAGCUCGUGCUCUCAUCUUCCGUGCCAUAAUCGAGGAGAUUGAGCGUCUGGAUCUCGUCAGGCACACCGCACAGACAGGUGACUAUCUCUUUGCUGGUCUUGAGCGCCUGGCCGAGAAGUACCCCGGCCAAUUCAAUAAUCUACGUGGAAAGGGACAAGGCACCUUCAUCUCAUGGGACAGCCCUCAGCGUGAUGCAGUGCUAAAGCGUGGUAAGGAGGUCGGCAUCAACAUCGGUGGAUGCGGCGAGUCGGCCGUCAGGCUGAGACCCAUGCUGGUCUUCCAGAAGCACCAUGCUGAUAUUCUCCUCGAAUCUCUCGAGAAGAUUGUCAAGUCAUGA